GAAUUACCUUCAAACAUUACAUUAUACAUAAGUCAUUAUCUUUUAAAUAAUUGUUGUGGAUGUAUUAGCACUUAUUUGUGAUAUGUUAGACAUUGGUUGCAAGCAUUUGGGGAAGAUAGUUUUUGUAAAUCACGGUAUAUUUGUUUAAUCCAGCAGCAUUUUCCCUUAAUAGUUUUAAUUUUAUAGUUUCAGUCUCUCAGUGGGAGUUUUGUAAAUGUGUUUAAACUAGGGCUGUCAAAAUUAACGCGUUAAUAACGCGUUAACGCAAAUUCAUUUUAACGCCACUAAUUUUAUUAACGGAGAUUAACGCAACGCGCAAUUUCUGUUUGACCCUUGGUCCAGCCCAUAGUUGAAUGAACAGAGACGCAGACAAAUGUGACUCUCUCUAAAUGAGUAAAAGGUUUUCAUAGAAAUAAGAACAUUAAGCAAAUUGUCUACCAAAUCCAAUGCUCUAAAUGCUCGUUGGACAUCUGAUAUGAUCUUUAUUUAUACGUCUGAGAGGUGUAACGUUACCGUCCUCCUAAUGCUUAAUCUAAUACAAAAAUGCGUCUCAAUUCAUUUUGGUUUCGCUUUUAUGCAUGACUUAGAAAAUAGACUGCAGGACUUGCUUGAUGUUAAAAGAGUCAUUAAGAGAGAUAAAGUUCGGUACCUGAUUAAUGUUAAAGAGUUAUUAAGAGCGACAAGACUCAAAAGCGAUCCCCUCACGCUGACUGACUGAUAUCUGAAGCGCGUGCACACAGACGCGCGAGUGCGCGACCCGGAUAUAUAGACAUCUACACAAAAUUACAGUUUUACAAAUAUCUGUUUUGAUAAGAAUUCACGCAGUAACAAUGCUCUUCAAAGUUUUAUAUGAAGGAAAGAAGAAAUAGAUUAAAGUGGAUGGGGCAGAUUACACCAGUGUAAUGACUGAAGCCAAGAGGAAAUUUUCAAUCAGUGACAAAGAUCUGAUACUACAAGAUGAUACUGGCGUGGAGGUGGAUGAGGAUGUAUUCACUGACCUGCUGGAGGAGAGAUCAAAUAAUAUACUAUGGAAAGUUGUUGACAAGGAUUCAGAAUGCCAAGUCCUUGAUUCGUCCUCACAAACUGACACACUUUCACUGUCAUCUGAGACUGACGACAGCGCCGGACCAAGCUCCAAGAGACCUCGUUUUGAUGAGGCUUUUGAGGCAAAACAGUUUAUUAGAGGCAUUUUAGAAGAAAAUGCAGGAGGACCUGCCAUUUUGGCUCAAUAUUCAGAACAAGGAAAAUUCACAGACUCAACUCGACGGCACUUAGUCAACGUUGUGGUUGCACACAUUACAGGCAAAGAAGGACGUGUCCCAUCCAAAGAAACAAAAACCCGCUGUGCUUUAGGAAUUGUAACACUGUUCCCAUCACUAAAGGAUCCAUACUCAAGAACUGGAUAUAUACUUCAAGAUUUUGAUAUCAAAUUUGGAACAGAAACUGCUUCCAGACUUCUUGAACAAUGGGAUAGUCUAAAGCCCAAGAUUAUAGCUGAAGCAAAAACGCUUACUUCGACCUUGCAUCUGAACAGCCUGAUUUCAGCUGCGAAGGACAAGAUGAUUCCGAAUGCCAAGGAUGGGACAAUGACAUGUCCUCUGUUUUACUCCUGGCCUACCUUUUGCCACCUUCUGCUGGUGGUAGGAACAAAUCCACAAAGAUAAGCACCAGAGAGGCAAUGGACCAUAUUUCGCAGUUCCACAAAGUUGGCAUGGACAGGCUUGUGAACUGUUAUGGAUCAUAUGUUGUGUUAUGUGUGUUCUGAUUUUUUUCUCUCAUUUCAGUCUUGCCGCAGUCUAACUGAACACAUUAAGAAGGCUGAAGGCCUCCAACCAAAUCUCCUUGCAGUUGGCUCAGCAAAGAAUAUCAUCCAUGAUUGCUACAUCGUUCUGGAUGGAAAACUUCUUCCAUGUCAGGCAAAGUCUUCCCUUUCUGCUUUUGAUGAACUUUUUAAAGCCUACUUUGUCUUUGGUGUGUCAUAUCCCCACACUGUUAACGAUUUCUGUAAAUUACACUGUAUUUUACUGUAAUAUGAACUGUAUUUUACCGUAGGGCAUGUUAUACAGUAUGUUGCUGUAUUUUGAUGUUGCAUUGUGGGAAAUGUAAUCUUUGUGCCAGUAAAAUACUGUAUUUUCUAUUUACUGUAAAAUUUACAGUUAAUUAAAAAUACUGUAUUUUAAUAGCAGGUGGUGCUAAUUUGUUUUUUGGGGAUUAACUCUCUGAUUAAGCUAUCUUAUACAAAUAAUGUAAUAUUAUUGUAUUUAUAUAUUGAUUUAAAAUGUAAAGUAAAAUUCAGAAGACUUAAACAAAGUCCUAAAAACAAUCAAACAACUAAAUUAGUGCAAGUAGAGCUGAUUUAUUUAUCAAAACACAAUAUAAUCAUCUUCAUUAAAGUAUUUUGUAUAUUCGAAUUAAUUUAUAAAUGUAAGUGUUUAAAAAUUAGAGAUAGGUUUUGCCGGUUGUUGAUGAGUGAUGAAUACCAGCUGUGAAUUUUCUCAACGCGUGUAAGCAGCCAUGACACAGGAAACCGAAAUAGUGUUCCAAUAUAAAGUGAGGGUCCUUGACAGUGGCCGAACCCGCAUACUACACGAUAUAAUGAUUCCCCACCUCGGGAGCUAUAGGGAACGAAUUGAGACACAGCCCUGGAUGUAAUCACGUCUGUGCUGAUCACGUGCCUGUACACAAACCCGCCGCAGCUCACUUGCAAAAGAUUAUCCGGUUAUUUAUUACACGUAUAGUAAACGUUUUUAAUGUUAUCAUGAAUCAAUGUUAUAGUUUUGUAUGUCACAUUAUUUUUUGAGAAGAGUCAUGACUCAACGCGGACCUUACACGCUGUUAAUUUGUGUGUGCAUAUGGCGGUACAGGCUCUUUUGCACUCUAUGACCAGCCAUCAUUAAAUCGAAAUACAGUAAAAAAAAAUGAGCGCGAAACCCUGACACUUUACAGAAAGGCACGGAUAUCCCCGCCCGAAGAAAAAAAAGAGCACAGGACAAUGGUUGCAAGUUAAACAGCUGGUAAGUAAAAUGAGUAAUCCUGUGAUUUCUUAAAAUAUUUAAUUUUUUAUUUGGUUAAAUAAUUUGAAACAACACGCAGUUAACGGUAAUUUACCUCACACGUUAGGACUGUUGUGACUAGAUAGGGAAAGCGCUUUGUGGUGAAAACUCUUUUUAAGACUCAACAACACUUUCGGUGCACGUUAUCAUAUAUAUUUAUUUUCCUUUUUAGAACAUUUCACCAUCUGCAAAGGUAAGUAAUCUUGUGAUUUCUUACCAUAUUUAAUAUUUUUGGUUUAGUUCAUUAAUUUGAAACACUUUUUUUAAACACUUAACAACACGCAGUUGACGGUAAUUUACCUCACACGACUGUUGUGAACAAGAUAGUUAGAGAGCUUUGAGGUAGAAACUCGUUUAAGACUGAACAAAACGCAACUUUCUGUGCAAGUAAUCAUAUUUAAUUAUUUUCUUCCCCUUUUUAGAACAUUUCACCAUCGACAUAUCAAAAUAAACGGUCCUCUUUUUCGAGUUUGACUGCGUUUGGUACAGGUCACAACAACAACGGCAGAUGUAGAGACCACACUUUCCCUUGCUUCCACUCCACGGCUGAUCAUGCUUGGUCACAACAACAACGGCAGAUGUAGAGACCACGCUUUCCCUUGCUUCCAUUCCACGGCUGAUCAUGCUUGAGGAUCCAGAUCUACAAAACAAAAAAUGGAUGCUGCCGAUUGAAGGCUAAGCCUGCGAUUGACCUACCAUUUCUUCAGCAUUUGCUGUUCACUUUGGUUGCUACUACGUGCUCAACAUCGAGUACCAAGUGGAAGCAGCCACUACUUUGGAGUUUAUUCAGAGAUUUAUUGUGAGGAUCAGCCCCGACAACAGCAAGUGCUCCUCUAACUUCCAGG